UACCAGGUCGUACUUGUGGUUGGUGACCACUUAACCUACGCCGCCAAAGACGAAAACGUAAAAUGGUUCAAGUGUGCUGAAACAGUGAAAACAUUGGACGUGAAAAACCUCUAUAAUAUGCCUCAACUAAUGCAUGACUAUUGUGAUGCAAAGUUUAGCGAUCAAGCCAUCGUGGAAGAAAUCAAGUCCGCUGACCUAGUUAUUGGUGAUGGCAUGUACUUGUGCUCGGCUUUGAUCGCAGAUAAAUUCUCCUUACCUCACGUGACAGUUUUGGAGAGCUCGCUUACUUCAGCCACGGGCACUAUGCCAUAUAACGUGGCUGACCUCCCUUCAUACCUGCCUCAGUUUGGGACGGGAAUGACAGAUAAGAUGAACUUUUUACAGAGAGCUAUGAACACCUUCUACUGGCUUAAAUAUCGUGCCAUUUUCCCGCUCUACUUGAAAAUAGCCUUCUUGGAUCUUAAAGAAAAGCAUAGCAUUACGCCAGAAAAGAGCUUGGAGCAGACGAUGCAGCGAGUGGACCUCGUUCUUGUCCAAACAGAAGCGUUUGAUUAUCCUCGGCCAAUUGUACCAAGUAAGGGAAAGUGAGGCUUUGAUGGAUUGAGUUUGCAUAAUUUUUGGCCAUAUAUAUAGUUCGUCAUUACGACGAUACUUUUCAUCUAUUUUCCGAAAAAGCACUGCUAGCAUAAUUUGUACUUUUGGCUAGUUUUACAGGACUUAAGUGUCGUUAAUUAAUCAUAUAACCGAAUUGUUGCCCUUAGAUAAAGUAACAAAAUCAAUAUUUUUGUCUGCUUAUUGUCACAUUCAUGGAACCUGGGUCCCACAGGACAAAGCCUCGACCUCAAGCGCCACUAUUGCGCGGUUGUCAAACGUGGAUGCCACGAGCUGACGCUUUUCGCGUAAGAGCAAGGAUACGAAGGACUCCUGGGAAUGAGGUGGGGAAGAAGGCAGAUCACUUCUCCAGGCUAUUAAAUUAGCGCUUAAGUUCAAAUGACUGAGCUUAGAAGAGAGGAGAUUCACAGUGCGAUCUGAUUGUCUAUCAACUCUUCACUAAAUGGCAGCACAUGUGAAUCAGACGUCACAAUACUACUGUAAAAGACAAAUGUAAGACCUUCGAAAACGUCUGCGGGGGACUUAGAAAUAAAAAACACGACACAAUGGUUGAUCGUAAGGACUCCGCACGAUCCUUCGAGAUCGAUCGUGGUUAGGUUUCUCGAUCUUGCUUCCUGUAGACGGUUUACUAUGAAGAAGAGGUGAUCGAUCCGAUUCAGUUCCUUUGUAUUGUAUUGUUUCACCUUGUACAUCAAAAGGGUAGACAAGUUAGCUUUUUUUUUCUUUUCAGAUGUAAAAUCAGUUGGUCCACUUUUAGCUAGUCCUGCUAAACCACUUCCGGAUGACCUAGAAGAGUUUGUGAAAGGGGCUGGGGACAAGGGAGUAAUACUUGUGUCCUUUGGUUCUAUUCUUGGUGAUAUAGACGACGCGUCAGUAAAAGCAAUGGCUGCUGUGUUCUCUAGCGUGCCCCAGAGAGUGAUUUGGAAAAUCAACACAGGUACUCAAGAUUAAAUUGCACUGAUGUAUUUGAUCGGAGAGGAAAAUGUUGCUGUUAUUUUCUCAAAACUGAUUGGCUUUUUCCUUGUAAAACAGUGGCAUUCCAGCAAUGUUUCUCUUUUUCACUGCUCUGACUGGUCUCAAGUCGUCUCUCAGUCUCAGUCUCAAAGACAGAGGUGCGAUCAAGGGGAAUGCGAUGGGUGUUGGGAAGGCGUUUUCCUCUUUUCCAUCACCCCCAGCGCUCCCUUCAGACACGCUUCUAGCGUUCCGUCCUCCUCGUACAAUCCAAAUAGAGAGGACUGGGGACGAGUCUGUUCACGGUUUUGUAAUUUUCACCGUAAACUGAAAAGGAAAGUUCUCUUAUAGAUAGAUAGAAAUAUAUAUAUAUAUAUUCUAAUUUUCUUCUUAAAAGACAGGAGAAUUUCCAUAAUAACCGUUCAGCCUUAGAACUGAUAAAUAUUCCCGGUCCCCAGGCGAUCAUUCGAACGUAAUAUUUGCGUUCCCUCUGGUUUUUUUAUCUUCUAGUUCCAGGGUCAUACUCCCGAUUUACAUACUCUUUAGAUUUGGCAAACGAUUUCCAAGCAAAAAAAAACAAACCUCUUAAGUUUCUUACUUCCCGCCAUUUUUCGUGAAUGGGCUCCUGACGCAUGUCAACGUAAAGUUUCUCCUGCCUGAUGGACGUUUGGAUAAAUGAUAAUUUUUCUGGACCAAAACCUUUUAUUUCUAUGACCUAUGCGACUACACGGAAACCGUUACACCCCUCCUCUGAUUAGACUCCUUGCAAGUUUGGAUAGGGUCACACGUGUAAGAGCUCAUACAUGAUUCUGUUAAAAAUACAACCUUCUCUGUAAAUGUCUUCUAAUUUAGUGCAAUAUUCGUUUCUUUUUUUUUGACAAUUUUAUAACAGAGGGUAAAGAUUUAAAACUAAAAAGCAACGUCAAAGCAUCUCCCUGGCUUCCACAGAACGACAUUCUGGGCCAUCCCAACACCCGCUUGUUCAUUGGUCACGCUGGAAUGAAUGGAAUGAUGGAAGCAGGUUACCAUGGAGUCCCUAUGAUCUGUGUGCCAUUCUUUGGAGAUCAGUUUGAUAACGCUGUAGCUGCAAAACAUCUUGGGUUAGCAGAGAUCGUGUACAAAGAGUCCAUAACUGAGGAGAAUCUUGCCAAAGCUAUAAACACCGUUCUAAACAACUCCAGGUCAGUGAACUCAAAUACAGAUACAUAAAAAGGCUUGCUGUCCAUAAGUAACAAAAAUUACACGUUGUUAUCUCCUUGAGUCAGCAAUCCCUGGUUUUGUGACCACGUGACAAGGUGGUCCUGUUGGUAUCUAAAACGGAAUGAACAAACGUGAUGAAUCAGUAUAAUCAUAAUGUAAUCUUUAUCUUUUUUUCGGUUUAUUUUUCUUAGCAGCCACACCUUACCGCGUCAUACCAUGUAACUUCCGUUUAUUAUGUUACAGUAGUAUAUAUUCUGUACAUUCGUGGUUUUUCCUAAUAAACCUGAUGAAGACUGGUGUUGGCCAGUCGACUUAGCAUACCUCAGCCUUUUUCACGUUGGUUGAUCAGUCUUUGCAGUAGUCUUUUUGACUUUAAUUCUAUGAAAAUGGAGUUUUGUUCCCAGAAGAUAGAAAUGUUUUUGUUCGUGAUCACCAACAUGGCUGCCGUGAUGUCACGUGCAAACAGACGAAUCAGACUGAGGAACAGUUCAAAGCAGACUGAAAUAUAUGCUUGAGAACCCGAUGUCCAUAAGGGCCCCAAGUCUUCGGUAACAAUUGAAAUGUUGAAAUUAAUACAGUUUUUCUUAAUCAACAAAGAACAGCAAAAAAACACUCGCCCAAUAUAAUCGGUAAUUGGUUGAGACCGCAGUUUAGCUUAGUUAGCAUUUUUAGAAUGAGUUUGGUCUAACGGGGUGACGCUAAUUUUUAAUAAACUGAGAACUGGCUGUCUCUCUCUUGUGUCAUGUACGGUAACUAAAAGUCAUUUCGUUUUGGGCAACAUACCCAAUGAUCAAUCUUUAAUAUUAAUAUAUACAUAAUUUCCUUCCAAUUUUAUAGUUACCGACAGUCUGCCGGUCGAAUUUCCAAGAUGAUAAGACAUCACCCUCGCACUCCAGUACAACAAGCCGCGGAUUGGAUCGAGUACACGCAAGCCAUGGGCGGCUUACCACACCUCAGACCCCGAGGACUGGACUUGCCGUUUUAUCAGCUUUACCUUUUGGAUGUCAUUUUGAUUGCAAGUGCUCUUUUAGUGGGAGCUUUCGUAGCAUUUUAUUUCUUAAUUAAAUGUCUUUGUCGAAUAUGCUUUAAGAGCAAGCCAAGCAAAGAAAAGCGUAAUUAGGAUUGGUACAUGAAGAAAAAUGGUUCAUAUAAACGCUAAUGAAGCCCCCGUCCACACAUACACAAAUCCGGACAAAUUUGAAAGCGCAUCCAAAGUGUAGGGAUUCAAAAAUGCCAACUAGGUAAGAUGGACGGCAGAGAUGGACUGUGCGUAAACGCUGGCUUUAAAGGAGCAAUGUCACGCUGUUUUUAGUUAAAACGUUUUUAGAAUCAAUUGAAUUCCAAUGAUAAUGGUCCAGUUUUGCUUUUUAAGGCUUUAUUUUGGAACUGUUUCCUGUCUUAUGUUGAAACGGAUGGCAAGGACUUGGAUUGAAACUUGAAAAAUUUGGCCCAACUUUCUCAUAGUUUUAAUGUAAUACCGGCAAUAUGCCGUGCUCCCUGACACGAUUUCAUUGACAUUGUCUUUAUAACUAUUCAGGAGUAUUUUGCGGAAGGGUGAAGGCACUACGUUAUGGUAAUUUCAGCACAGAAUUGACCUAAAACAGCAAUAUCCUCGUGACAUAACUCCUUUUUUAAUGGCCAUAUGAUAUGAACAUGCGCCAUUCAUCCAGACCAAGGAAGCGUUUCGUUCUUAAAUUGAUCCUCAGUAGAUUAGUUGGCGUUAGUGUGGAUGGUGAAAUUCAUUAUCAAAAGUGUUACUUACGUAUACGAGUGUGAACAAAACAAGCUAACAAAUAUAUUCUUAUAUUCUUAUAUUAUUAUAUAUUAAUCCAAGAGCACGAUAUGGAAGGUAAGAUAAUACCAUUAUUAAGAACGUUAUGAUUACCAUUAUUUUUACCUUAAUUUAUUACUGUUAAUUCAUGAUCACGCCGAGGAAAAGAGCAUAAUAAAGAUUGUCGCCAUUUUUCUUUACAUGCCUGGUUAUGCAUUCUACUGCGUUUUAAAGUUGGCUUCGUUCCAUGACCUAUUUACUUUGCAGCCAGUAUAAUGCGAAUUUGGGGGCUUAUCUGCAAAAUCACAACAAAAAUUUACAAAAACCAUUUUCUUCAACGAUAAAAAUGGCGAGUGCAAAUCAACUGAGGUUGCGCCCAUGUAAGUGUUUGGAAACUUUGCUGAACUUGUUGUUGGUUAUGCCUUCGACGCUCUUACUUUUCUUCCCGUCCUAUACCUUCAAAAUCUCACGCUACUUUCGACUUGUGUUUUUGCGAAAUAUUCAGUAUUACUUCCCGUUACAGGAAAAUCUUGGUUGCAGACACCCGAUUAGAUUAGAUUGGAGUCCCAGAACCACAGCCUUUAUUGGUAGUAUGGAAUACCCUUCCUCCUAAUCCCCUGAUGGGAGGAAAAGCCCCCCUCCCCCCUCCACCAAUCCCCCGGUGGGAGGAAAAGCCAUAUCAUCAAGGUACGUUGUAGAAUAGCGAUUUGAAAAGCUCACGCCCAUGAUAUGCAGUACCUAUCUUUUUAUUAUUAACUUAUUUAACUGAAAGUGAAAAAACCUCUGGCUCUUAGAGUAUUCUCCUAACGGGUGACAUUCGAUGGCGAGCUGUAAACGUUUCCAAACUCUUUGACGUAGUUUCUUGUUUACUGUGUUAUGUGAUACAGUAAACACUUUAUCUCAGUUAAAGGGGCUCAGAAGGCCAAACAUGGGUUAUUUUGUUCCUUCUUAAGUUGUGGCGUCUGCAGCAUGUGGUAGCGCGGAUAUUUUUUAGCUCAAUUCCCAUAAGUUUCUUUAUUAGAUUAGUUAGCCGGUGAACGAUCUAAAUGAAGCCCUAUCUCAAAGAAAUGCCUCUUGUCUAAUAAACGCCCUCCAACGCCCCUGUGAUGUUAAGUUUGUACUAGACGCCCCAAAAUAAAAGAAAAAGGCAAAGCAAAAUCAUUUAAUUUAUUAAGUUUCAUGGUUGAUAAAAAGAGGUUUACGCAUGGCAUCACUUUCAAUGUCAAGUUCAAAGCAACGAUUGGCUAGCGAUGACAACGAAAUGUACCUGAACGAGGAUUCUUUCAUCGAGUUAGGAUUAAAAAGAGCUAAAUGGAUCUCUAGUCGACCUAGACGUAACAGUGGAUGGAAUGAAUAUUCUGCUAUUUGUAAACUCUAUUGGCACUUUCUCAGAAAACAUAUAAAUUUUGUUGAACUUGUUACAGUUAUGAGAAUACACGCCUCCCCCUUGCUUAAGUGGAGUAGGUACCAGAGGUUUUCUCGAGCGUGCGACGAGGAGCUUCGUAGGCCGCAGGCAGGCCGACUGGCCGAAGACACGAGCGACGAAGCCGUAUAACCGAAACCGGAAACCGCGCAUGAAAAGCCUCUGGCACCCAGGGUAUACGUAAAACGGAUUUUAAAAGAAAGAAUUAGAAAACAUCUAUUGAUGUUUGACAGCUUAGCUUAAAAGCGAAAAAACAGUAACUUCCAUGUCUGGCAUAUUUUGGAAGCAUAGUCGUAUUUAUAGUUCGUAGAUUUUGGUUCGGGUUGUAGCUUCUAAGCAUGGGCAAGAGCCUCAUGUUUAAAACUCUUCACUUGAGACAGUUUUAUACCUUUUCACUCCUUAAUUUUUAUCAUAAAAAGUAAUUUUAAAAAAACGCGGCUCCAAAAAUUGAGGCAGGCUGCAGAGAAAAUAGCUUUUUAUUUUUGCUGGCUUGGCUCUUUGGAAGUUUUUCUGAAAUGCGUGACCGAAGCGUUGUUCUGAGACGGUUAUUAUGACAACAUUUUGAUCAAUAAAGUGUCACCUCAGAGGCGGGCCAUUAGAAAAGUGAAGAAGGGUUUUAGGCAUUUUUUCCACGUGAUUUUUUUGGGGGUGGUGGGGAGGGGGGUCCCACCCUUUCUUAAAUUUGCAAAUGGACUCAGGGUAAGUAACGCUGAAAAAAUGCGGCUAUUCACAGCCUUAUCCCUACCUCGCUUCUCUCACUCCGCCUUGCCACAAAGUACACCAGUUUAAAAACGUAUUAUUUUGCACUGCUGAAAGGGGUCAGGGUUUUCCCCGCGGACGUAGUAAACGAGUCUUUUCUGUAAUGCGUGACCUGAGUGACAUAAUCGGAUGGGCUGUACUGACAGUAUGUUCAUAAGCGUAUUUAGUUUUGAAAUGAGUUGAUGCUUUUUGUUUGAUUUAUCGGCAAAGAUAAAUAACGCAGAAAAAUGGCGGCUUUGGAUUGUUUUAUCUUUAUCUCGCUUCUGUCGAGCUGCCUUGCGGCAAAGUACGCCAUGUUUCCUAUGUUUACAAGAAGCCAUUAUCUCGUGUUCGCCAAACUUGGGGAAGAACUUACUGCCAGAGGACACGAGGUAAGAUAUAAAAAUCGAUUGACACUCUUGAUCCGCUUGAGCGAACUGUUUUGCCUGCAGUUUCUAUUAGCUGGUUCAGUUAAGUUUCAAAUGAUUAAGAGUUUAAUAUUUCAAGUUUCCUUUCGGAGAAAAACAGCAUUCUGGUGCAACUGCGCGGCUAUUUAAAACUUGCUAUAGCAGUCUAAUAUGUGGAAGCGAAAAAUAUUGCAAAGUGGCUGGGCAACACAGCCUCUAGGAUUACUAGGAAUGAUGUUGAUUGUGUAAACUCGGAUGUAAACACAGGUUCUAGCCUUCUUUAUCAUCGUUUAAAUUUAAUUCGUUAUGGUCGCUACUGUUGGCGAUGCAAAAAACCCCUUACGAUCUAAGUCAACACAAGCAGACAAGUAACCACAUAAUCACCACGAUCGCUAACA